CUUUUUCUUCUUCUAAAAAGAUUAACAUUAGAACUCAUAGAGAUUAGAGAUUAGAGAUUAGAGAUUAGAGAUUAGAGAGACUUCCUUCCUCCCUAGUUCUUUGUCAAUUUGUUGUCAUAUUACUCGUUUUUCCUCAACAAAGAACUACUUUUUUGCCCUUUUUUCUGAACAUACUUUUUUGGUGAUCACCCACAUAAAAAAUUCAUUAGAAAGUGGCACAUAACAGAAGUCAUAACUUCACUUCACUGUCUUUUUCUCUUGUUUUUUCUGUGCGUGUGUGUGUAAAACAGUAAAAGACUUGGUCUUUUUCUGCAUCUAUUUGUGUGAAUUGUGAUGGUGUCGACUAUAGAUGAGCAAGUUCCAGCAUCAUCAACACCAAUUACCCUCUCCGCCAUUGUUGUCAAUUCAGAUACUAACGGUCACGUCCCUCCUAUAACCCACUUUCAUAAGUCGAGUCAAUGGCAUACAUUGUUCCUUGCAUACAAGACAUUAGGAGUGGUCUUUGGAGGACUAGUGACAUCCCCACUUUAUGUUUUUCCUUCGAUGCACUUGAAGUCUCCCACAGAAGAAGACUACUUGGGAAUUUUUAGCAUUAUGUUUUGGACUCUUAGUCUCAUUGGGGUUGUCAAAUAUGCAGGAAUUGCACUGAGAGCUGACGAUCAAGGGGAAGGUGGGACAUUUGCUCUGUAUUCAUUACUUUGUAGGCAUAUGAAAAUUGGAAUUCUUUCUACGAGAGAUGCAGAUUCUACUCGUUAUGAGCACCAAGAACAGCAGGUUAAGGUUGGCAAAAUUUUUGAAAAAAGUGUGGUGGCUAGAAGGAUAUUACUGUUUAUCUCAAUUCUGGGCAUGUGCAUGUUGAUUGGUGAUGGGAUACUUACUCCUGCUAUCUCAGUGUUGUCUGCGAUUGAUGGCAUAAGAGCCCCAUUUCCUGAAGUUGGCAAAUCUGCAGUUGAAGCUCUUUCGGCCACAAUUCUCAUACUUUUGUUUCUACUACAAAAGUUUGGUACUUCACGAGUGAGCUUUAUUUUUUCCCCCAUAAUGGUUAUGUGGACGUUGUCUACACCAUUGGUUGGGAUUUACAGCAUCAUUAAGAACUACCCAGCCAUAUUCAAGGCUUUAUCCCCGCAAUACAUUGUCACAUUCUUCUUGAGAAAUGGGAAGGAAGGUUGGCUGUCUCUCGGAGGCACAAUUCUCUGUAUUACAGGUUCUGAAGCCUUGUUUGCUGAUCUAGGUCAUUUUAGCAGAAGUUCUAUCCAGAUUGCAUUUCUAUUCAUGAUAUACCCGUCCCUGGUAUUCACUUAUGCGGGGCAGACAGCUUAUCUCAUCAGACAUCCUUAUGACCAUGAGGAUGGAUUCUAUAAGUUCAUACCAACUGAAGUUUAUUGGCCUAUGUUCAUUGUCUCCACGCUUGCCGCUGUUGUUGCCAGUCAAUCAUUGAUAUCAGCCACCUUUUCACUUGUCAAGCAAUCAGUUGUUCUGGAUUAUUUUCCUCGGGUUAAGGUGGUGCACACUUCCUCUAGCAAAGAAGGCGAGGUUUACUCCCCAGAAAUCAACUAUAUCCUCAUGAUUCUAUGUGUGGCUGUCAUACUGAUCUUUGGCGAUGGAAAAGACAUUGGAAAUGCCUUUGGUGUUGUUGUCAGUCUGGUCAUGCUUAUCACUACCAUACUUCUGUCUCUAGUCAUGAUUGUAAUCUGGAGAACAUCACCCAUAUUAGUGUUUCUUUUUUGUUGUACAUUUAUAACAAUGGAAGGCAUAUAUGUCAGUGCUGUAUUAACCAAAAUUCCAGAGGGUGGAUGGAUCCCUUUCGCGAUUUCUUUCAUCCUUGCAUUCAUCAUGUUCGGUUGGUACUAUGGACGGCAAAGAAAGAUGGACUACGAGUUGACACACAAGAUAGACAUUGACAGACUCCGCAUACUGUUAUCUGACCCUGGUGUCCAAAGGGUUCCUGGAAUCUGCUUCUUUUACACCAACAUUCAGGACGGCCUAACACCCGUCCUUGGACAUUACAUAAAGAAUAUGAAAUCACUCCACAAGGUCACGGUUUUCAUGACCCUUCGCUACUUAUUGGUCCCGAAGGUUGCACCACACGAGAGAAUUCUAAUCACCAAACUCGGCCUGAAAGGGAUAUAUGGGUGCGUAAUCCAAUAUGGUUAUGCAGAUUCACUACAUCUAGAAGGUGGAAACCUUGUGAAUCAAGUAACCACGUGUUUGCAGGAUCAUAUAACACAUCACUCGGGGAGUUCGCCAUCUGAUCAAAUGGGUACCCAAGAGGAACUUUUGAACUUGGAGGAAGCUAAGAAUGUCGGUGUCGUUCAUGUUCGAGGAAAAACAAGGUUUCACAUAGGUCAGAAUUGUGGCUGGUUUGACAAAACUAUGCUUGCAUUUUAUGAAAUCAUGCACAGCAACUGUCGGUCUUCUCUACCUGCUUUAGGUGUGCCACUUACUCAGCGUAUGGAAGUCGGUAUGCUUUAUGAGGCUUGAUAUCAUAAGCAGAAGAUACAGUUUUGUUCCUACCUUUUCAUAUAGGAGCAGUAUACAAAAAACAUUACUGCAAAAGUUGAAUACAUAAAUUGGAAAGCAAAUUUGAGUACAUGGUGUAUUAUAGGAUUAUGCUUCAGGUGAAAUGUAAUUGAUCUAAUCCAGCUAACUGAGCCAUCAAGAUCACCCCAAUUUGGUGGCAUUUAUGUGUAUCCUAGCCAUCUCACUGGUCAUGUAAUUGAUCUAGAUAGUUAGUUAUUCAAGAGUAAGCUGAAUGACAAUUUUGUCCCUGUAGUAAAGAAAAUCUAACUUUUUGCUCUCUAUUUACCCUUGU